AUGGCGGGUCCUCGUUAUAAACCCUUUCAGUUUAUCUGGAACAGGUUCAGCUACAGCGCCUUUCACAUCCGCAGAGAAAGAUUCUAUGAUCGCAUUUAUGCUGUUGUUGCUGCUGCUAUGAUUGGCUUCACUGUCUUUCAGGGUGCAAAUAUAAUAUACAUAUGGCAAGACGCUGUACACCACAACUACAGACAUUAUCUCCUGAAAGAGAAAACAAGAAAGGAAUUAGCUGAGAUGAUUCGAGCAGCAAGAGAAGAGGGGAGGCUGCCUUCAUCGCUAGACAGCAGCAGCAGCAGCAGCAGCAGCAGCAGCAGCAGCAGCAGCAGCAGCAGCGGCAGCAGCAGCAAUGAUUAG